UCGCGUUUAAAAUUCAAAAUGUAAAUAAGUGGUCUUGAAAAUUCGUUAUUGUGUAAUGAAAUUUAUGUCAAAUGGAUUUGACGAAGAAUGAUAAUAAUGAUCAUUUAAAUGAGAGUGAUAUAACUUUUAAACAGUAUGAGUUUCAUAAAAGUCGACUAAAACGUUGGCAAAAUGAAUUUUUUAAACAGAACAAGAAAAAACCAGAUAAGAAUGAUGUCAAGUUUGCGGGUGAAGAUAUUGAAAAUUCCUUCAAUGUUUAUACGAGAUAUAAAAUGUUGUUAGCACAAAAUAAAUAUGAUUCUAAAAGUGCCAAUAAUUCUCUAUCUAUCCAGCAACCAUCUUCUGGUGCGAUAUGGAAUGAUUCAUUAAAAUUAAAACCGAAGAUUCAAGAAGUUGCAAAGGCUAAUUUAAAAAAAAAAUCAGAUUCUCCUAUUUCGUUAAAGCCUCCUAAAAAAAUCAAUAGUUUUAGAAAUUAUGUAAAAAAUGAUAUUCAUACUUCUAGAACUAAAUCUUCUGAGGAUAUCCAUAAUAUAAAACUGCAGAUUGAUGAUAAUUCUUUUGAGAUUAAUUCGCCCACAUUGAAAAAUACUUCGCUCAAAGUAAUAUCCACCGAAAACACAAAUACGACGCUAAUUCAACGAUUUAAUACAACUCAACAAAUCACGAAUAAAUGCCUGAAAGCGUCUUUUGAUUCAACCAUUACUUUUCAUACAAACGAAAAUACGUAUGAAAAUAAUAAGGUAACAGGUAAAAUGUCUUUCAAAACGUCAGAUGAACUUAGUUCAUUAAUGGACACCGAAGAUGAUCUUCAACAGUGUAAUAGUAUAAGCAACAAUAAAAGGCCUCGGCCUGGGGAUGAUUCAUAUGAUAAUUACGUUGAACAACCGUCAAAGAAAAUUGCCUUAGAAAUCACAGCAAUUUCACUAGAAAAUAAUGAUGAUAAAGUUCUGAAGAAUUCCUUAAAGAAGAAACCUAUUUUGGGCGAUGGAGAAAAUUCAGCUGCUUGUACUUCGAAAAUGAAUGAUUGGGAAAAAGUACCUGGUUUAGAAUUGUCAACAAAAAAAUUUAAUUUAUCUGAAAAUUUGAAUAGUAAUGGUUUGUUAAUUAAUGGACAGCCAAAUAAUUCAAAGCCGAGCAAUAAUGCAAAAACUAAUUCAGAUGAUUUUAAUCUUACUGUACACUCAAAUCAUAUUUCAGCGACUGAUGACAAUUUAUGCCCUUUUAUAUCCAAUAAAAAAUAUGAUUCACCUUAUGACCGACCCAAAGGUAAAAAUGAUAAUUUCAUUAAAGUCAAUUUAAAGAAAAAAAAAUAUUCUGGAGGUAAAAAACCUUUUAAUUAUGCGACAUUUAAAAAUAAACAAUGGAAACAGAAUAGAGAUAAAUCAAUAAAAUUCGAUUCAUACAAUUCAUGUUCGAAUUCAAAAAGUCUGAAGAGAACUCAAGAAAAUUUUGAAUUAACUGAAUUAGAAAAUUUACUCAAUAAUGACAGUAAUUCAAUUUACGAAGAAAAUUUAAUUGACCAGAAAUUUUCAAAUAAUAUACUAGACGAAGAGACAGUAAAACUCACCCAAAAUGAUUCAGUUCAAAUUAAACCCUAUUUUGAACUUGAACAAAAUGGAAAAAUUCCUGAUACUCCGAAAGAAAUAUUUGAAUCAUUACAUUUGUUCGGUUAUGAAAGUUUUCGUCCAGGUCAAGAAAAAGCUAUUAUGAACAUACUUUCCGGCUCAUCAACUUUGAUCAUUUCUCACACGGGAAGUGGAAAAUCGUUCUGCUAUCAGUUGCCUGCGUUCAUUUAUUCUAAACGAUCAAAAUGUUUAACCCUAGUUAUAUCACCACUUUUAUCAUUGAUAGAUGAUCAACUAGCAAAUCUUCCCAAAUUCUUAUCUGCAGCAAGUUAUAGCUCCAACCUUAGUUCCGCAAAACGUAAAAAAGUCUUAAAGGAUUUAAAAGAUUGUAAAAUAGAUGUUUUAUUUGUUUCUCCUGAAACAAUUGCAGCGAAUGGCUGUGCUACUUAUUUUAUAAAAUAUAUUCAAUCCGUAGCAACUAUAUCUUUUGUUUGUAUAGACGAAGUUCAUUGUCUUUCACAAUGGUCGCAUAAUUUUAGGCCAUCUUAUUUAAUUGUUUGCAAUGUUUUAAAAGAAGUUCUUGGUGUCAAUCGUUUUAUGGGAAUAACUGCUACCGCCAGCUCUUCUAUAAUCGCAGAAUUGACAACUUUAUUUGAGAUAAAAGAUAAUAAUGCUGGAGUAAUAUUGCAUAGCUCUUUUCCAAGUAAUUUAACAUUAACGAUUUCAAAAGAUAUUCAAAAAGAAGAUGCAUUAAUCAAAUUUGUGAAACACAGAUUGAAAGAACAACAUAACUCCAUGAUAGUAUACUGUACUCGGAGAGAAGAUUGUUUUAAAAUUUCAAAUGUGUUGCGAACGUCACUAAGGCAGGCCUCAUUCAUCGAAAAUAAGUUGAUAUCAAAUAUUGCUGAACCUUACCAUGCUGGACUUACCGCACAAAAAAGAAGAUCUGUACAAACCGCUUUCAUGAAAGGUGAAAUUCCUAUCAUAGUUGCUACUGUGGCAUUUGGAAUGGGAAUCAAUAAGCCAGACAUAAGAUCAGUGAUCCAUUAUAAUAUGCCAUCUAGUUUAGAAAACUAUGUACAAGAAGUCGGGCGGGCUGGUAGAGACGGAAAACCGGCCUUUUGUCACAUGUUCUUAUCUCCCGAGCUUAAAAUUAAUGAACAAGAGAUUUUGCGUCAUAUUUUUGCGAAUGUUAUCAAUAAACAAAGUGUAAAAUAUUUAGUACAAAAAGUUUUUACUACACAUACGUGUGACUGUUCGACUGAGAUUUGUCGUGGACAUGAAGUUAUAUUUUCUAUUGAAGACACCAUAUUAACAUUGGAUCUAUCUGAAGAAAUGAUUGUCACUCUCUUAUGUUAUAUGCAGAUUUAUUUUCGUAAAUAUAUAAAUUUACUACCUCAAGCAUUCAUGUAUGCCACUGUCAAAAGUAAAAGUGGAUAUCAAGCUAUACAACUAGCACAGAAAAAAUCUUCAUCAUUAUCUGCAGCUAUCAACCAAAUGAAGGUUUAUAAAAAUUAUACGGAAAAUAUAUCUGAAAUUAAGAUACCUAUUCUUCAAAUAGCACGUUCCCUCGGGUGGACAUUUCAAAAAAUCAUUCAAGAUCUGAAAAGAUUGGAAUUUGAAACAGCUAUCACAAAAUCUGGACUACCAUCUUUAUCUGUUGAAUUUAAUACGCUUGGAUUUCACAUGAAAGUAUAUGGAAAUUUAUCAGAAGAUGUAUUAAAUGAAAUAGUUGCAACUUUAAUGAAACAGAAUAUAAUGCAAAAAAACCUUCGUCUUCAAAAACUUGAAUCUAUUUCUUCCAUAAGCCAAAAAUUGAGUUUUGAAACUGUAGAUCAGUGCAUGGCAGUAUCUGAGGAUGUACAGAUGAAGUCAGUUGAGUUGAGAAAAUCUAUUCAAACUUAUUUCCAAGAAAAUGUUAUGAAAACCGAUGGAAUUACAAAUCACACGACACUAACUGAUGCAGAGAAUAUCAAAAAAAGUAUAGAAAAUUUGAUUUUAAGUUAUGGAGACGAACGAUUUAACAGUCACAGUAUUUCUCGGAUUUUCCACGGAAUUCAAAGUCCACGUUACCCCGCAUUGCAAUGGUAUAAAUGCAAGUACUGGAGAGCCUAUAUUCAUGAAGAUUUUGAUGCCUUGAAUAAAUUGGCAGAAGAUGUAUUACGAAACUUUAAGAUAAAAUAGUGCCUUAUAAUAAAAAAUAGCUGUAUGAGAUUAAAAUUAAUUUUUAUUGUUUUUACCAAACAGUAAUUUAUACAAUACAAGUGCUGUAAGUAACACUGUUUUGAAAAGAUGGUUCAAC